UGAGUUCUUCUUUACACUCAACUCUUCAUGAUGUUUAUUUAUUUGUUUUGAUGUUCGUUGUGUGUGAGUGUCGAUUUGAUCUAUGUAGGGAAUGAACUUUAAGGACGAAUUAAUAAAUUCUAACGACUAUUCUUCGAUUACCGAAUGUUUAUUUUUUUCAUAAUAUUAAAUUAAAUGGCGUCUGCUCUUGUCUCUAGACUUGUUAUUUUGGUAUUUGGCACACUUUAUCCUGCUUAUGCAUCAUAUAAAGCUGUGAAGACUAAAAAUGUGAAAGAAUAUGUCAAAUGGAUGAUGUAUUGGAUUAUAUUUGCAUUGUUCACUUGUGUAGAGACAUUUGCAGACAUAUUAGUUUCUUUUUGGCUUCCAUUUUAUUAUGAAAUGAAAAUCUUAUUUGUACUUUGGUUACUAUCACCAGCUACAAGAGGCUCAAGUGUUUUGUAUAGGCGAUUUGUCCAUCCUCAGCUCACCAAACGAGAGAAGGAAAUAGAUGAUUACAUUGCCAAAGCUCGUGAUCAGGGUUACAACACUGUUUUACAGCUUGGGACCAAAGGACUAAGUUAUGCAACUGCUGUUGUUAUGCAAACAGCAUUAAAGGGCCAAGAAACUUUGGUUCAGCAUUUGCGAAAGAGUUAUAGCAUGAGUGAUCUUGUUGAAGAUGCAAGUGGUGCUUCUCAGCAUUUUUCUGCUAGUUCUACUGUCAAUAAUAAUUUAAUAGAUGAGACUGACAGUGGAUCUGAUGAACGUAAUAAACCAUUGCGACAUCGCUGGUUAUCGGAAGGACUGUUGUCUGAAGAAGAGAAAUUAUCUAAGGAGCAAACCUCUCCACAAAGUGGGGUUACCACUAGGCGAAGCAUUCGUGCUGUUAGGAGUGUCAGAGGUGCUCAGACUAAGACCAAAGUUCUUUCAAAACAAAAUUCUUAUGAGGAGGUCUCAAGUUAUGCAACACUUCCACGGACAAGCAAAUCAAAAACAAGAAGAAAACCAUUAUGAUGUGCUUUGCUCAUAUAUCCUGCUAUUGUUUCAUGUCACCAUUAUGCCUUAUUCUUUUAGGUUAUUUGAAAAUGAUCUUUCUUUCCUUGCCUUAGUUAAGAAUAAGCUUACAUAUAAUAUACAUGGUAGUUGCAAUCUGAAUAACAGGGAUGAACCCUGGUAUUUAAUUUUAGUAAUAGGUUUUCAUGUGUGAAAAACCCCAACCAUUAAUGCUUUUGUUGAAUUUAGAGAUUAACCAAAGCUUUUUUCUCUUCUUUUUUAGGAAGAGUUUAUAACGACAUUGGUAUUUUGGUUUAGUUGCAAUUUAUAUAUUUAUGUAGAGUUUAGUUGAGGAUACUAAUACUUGGUUGUUAAUACUUUCCCAUUGUCAAGUUUGUAUUCACACUGGGUUGCCUGGUUGUUUUCAUGCAUUGUUAUGAACAUUUCCAGCUUGCAAUAUGCAAUGCAUUUGUUUAUUAUUUUUGCUUUUUUUGUGACACAUGUUAUGUGUUGAAAUGAAAAUUGUUUUGAAGUGUUUUUAUUUUAUGUCUUUCAUGAUUUACUGAAAGUAAAGUUUGAUAAUCAUAUUUUAAUUUGUCAAAUAUUGAGAUAUUUUAGAGCAAUUCAACAAGCUGAUAUCUUAAUGUUUAAAAAAUGUUUUUUUGAUUUAUUGUAUAUAUUAAAAAUUCAUUUGUUUAGUUGUAGAAAUUAAAUAUUUGUUAAACUUAUGAAUACUACUGCUUAUCAUAGUAUUAUUGGUAGUUUGUUUUUCUUUAUGUGCAAAAUUGUUCCAUCUUUUGUCAUUUUUUUCAUUUUCCUAUUCCAAAGGCUCAUUGGUAUUUAAGAUUUAGACAAGUUUUUAAAAAUGUCUUAAGUGAGGCCCUUUUGUAUGCUGCUGUACUAAUUUUAGUGUUUAGUUUUUUUGUUUGAUAUAGUUUUAAUUGGGAGAUGUUUUCCUUCAAAACACUUACUAUCUGCUCCCUAAAAUAUAAAUGUGAUUUACAGUUUUGAAAAACAGUAUUUUUAUUUUAUAUCGAAUGUGGUAUAAGUUUGUGCAUAAUUUUUUUGUUUAUCCUUCCAGUUCCAGUUGUUAAACUGAAACUUUUCUUAUAAAAUUUUCACCUAAGUUUGAAUUUAUAAUGCAAUUGGCCAUUUUUGUUGUUUUGUUUUGUUCAGAAGGAAAAGUUUAUAGGUGAAAUAUGCUUGUAGUUAGAUAAUAUCAAAUUGAAUAUUCGUAAAACCUUUUCCAAAAUUUUCUUAAAUGCUAUAACAAAUGCUUAUUUUAAAUUUUAUUUAUUAAUGAAUCCUUUUCUUUACAAAUUCAAUCAGGUUGUGAUUGUUUAUUUAUUUAUUGUUAUAUUUGUUUGACGCUCAUAUUUGAAAGUUAAGUGGUUGAUUUUGCCAUAUGCCAAGAAUUUUUUUUUUUCAAAAUUAUAAUUUCAUAAUAUGAUUAUGUUUUAUUAGACGUAGUUACAAAAAAUAUUGCCUUUUCUUUCGAGUUUUAAAACUAAAUGUUUUGGUAGCUAGUAGAGUAAAAAAAAAAAUGUAAGCUGCGAGCUAAAAAAAUCACAAAUUGCUAGGUGUUCCUUUUAUGAAUUCACUAGAAUCAUCGACCAAAUAGUUUAUCAAAUUUAUUUUAUUUCUUUUAUUAAUUUGUUCUUUUUUCAUUUCAAUGAUGUGCUAAUCAUUUACUAUUAUAAGAGAUCUAUUUUAUUUAUUUAAGAGUAUGUAGUGUUAAAGAAAAAGCUUUUGUUAGUGGUGUUUAGGCAUGCUGUUGAUUUUGUGUUUUAACCUUUAACUCUUGAUUAAUAUUAGCCUUGAGCUAAAAGGUCCUACUCAAAUAAAUAAACUUUAAUGUAUCUAUUUUUAUUUACGAAUGUAUCUAUUAUAUUAAUAUAUAUUUUUUGCAAAAUUAUCCAGCUUCUAGAGAAACCAUUUGAACAACUGCUCUUUAUAUGUUAAAUUGAAUGUUUUCCUUUUUUGUUUUCGUUUUUUAUUCUAGCUGUUCUACAUUACUCUUCAUAUUUUUUUUCUACAUUGACUUUAGAAAAAAAUAAACCAAAUGAUGAAUUUAUUACUUGAAUGCAUUCACUUUGAUUUUUAUUGUUGACUAUAUGAAAUUUUUUUUCAAAUUCCUCUAGACCAUUUUUAGGCUAUAGAGUUUAAAAUACUUGUUUUUAUUUUUACAAGAUAAUUAUUGUUUUACAUAAUUUGUAAAAGUGAUUCUAGGCGGAUUUGUAUUUUAAUGUAUCAUUUUAAUUUUUACCAUUCGAUGCAUUACAUCAUUUUUUGAAAGCGUGCCAAAUGACUCUUUAUCCCAUUCCAUCUUUUCCCCUUCCAUUAAUUAUAAUGUUUUUUUUCUAUAGUGAUCUCUAAUUUAUUUUUAUGAGUUAAGAAAUUAUAAUUUUUAGAUAUUUUAUGCUUGUGUUGUUCUUUUACAAUCAUUUAAAUCAUUGCUGAAAUUUUAUUGAUCUUGUGGGUAACAAUAAUUUAUUAUUGGUUUAAUUUGUUUAAUCAAUCUUAAUUGUUUUAAUUAGUUCAAAAAUAAGCAAACUGUGAUUUUUCUAAGGAGAUUUAUUUUAAAAAUGAGCUAUAAAUUUAAAACGUUUUCAUUAAAUAAUAAUUAACACCGUACUUUUAAAAAUUUAAAUUGUUUUUGUUGCGAAAUUAGUGUUUGAUUAUACAUUCUAUUUUUAUGUAAUAAUUAAAAUUGAUGUAUCAAGAUUUUUUGAAAAUGAUGU